AUGUCCUACGGCAGUGAGACGCCGCACAUUUGGAGUAGCUCGUCUGGUAGCGAGGUCUCCCCAUACGGCCCUUUGUGGGACGCUCCACCAGCGCCCGUACCAUAUCCAGACAUCCUGGCGUUUCCACCUGCCGACCUAGUAUGGUCGGCGGCAGGCUGUGGAAGGGGACCUCGGUCGACUUCAGGCGGAAAAAAGGUCCGCCGUCGGGUCGCAUCUGUCGCACAGCGGCGCGCCGCAAAUAUUCGAGAACGUAGACGAAUGUUCAAUCUCAAUGAAGCGUUUGACAAGCUAAGACGAAAGGUACCAACUUUCGCGUACGAGAAACGCCUUUCCCGCAUCGAGACACUGCGCCUAGCUAUAACCUACAUCAGUUUCAUGUGUGAGCUACUUCAUGGAUCACCACAGCCUCAUCACACCACCCACCCCACAUUACAUACAAGACAAAUCUUCGAGAACGAUGUACCGUGGUGCGCAUAA